GCGCCCCCAGACGGCACCUGUCAAGGCUGCCCACCCCCACCCACCCCGCAGUCCUCAUUACCUGUCGCACGCAGUCCGUGUCUCUUUAAACAACAGCAGCAGCAACAACAACAAUACUCCCUUAUUAAAAAAACAAUUUAACUCUUCAAUAAUCUUACACGAGAGAAAACGACGCAACGAGGAUCACCGCCACCACCACCACCACCAACAUCAUCAUCAGGUGCAAGUCGAGCGCUUUUACCGAUCGACCCUAAUUUAUUGAAGUCGAGGGGUCGGACGGACGCAGCCCGCUGGGGAGAGACUGUGUGGGAGAGGCUCCCCUGCCUGCUGGGACGAUGUCUGCUAGCUCGCCGCGACUGAUGCUGCUGCCCCAGCUGAUGCUGCUGCCCCUGCUGCUGCUGCUGUUCGUCUGCGUUGGGCAGCGUGGGACAGCCCGGGCAGACUCUGCUUCCUGCCUGGCCGAUGAUGAGCCUACGAGCAAGGAAGACCUGUUGGCCGGGCAGGAGAACGUGACACUGAACUGCACCAUUAACGGCAACUGCUCCAGCGCCCAGUGCCCGGUGGUCUGGCUCAAGGACUGCCAGCCACUCAACCUGUCCGUGGAGGGCCACGUGCACGGCAUCGACGUGGGCCUGCACUUUGUGGUCGUUGCUCUGGCCGACUCGGGGAACUAUACGUGCCGCGGCAGUGGAAACCUGAGCAACUCGAGCCACACCAUCAUCCUCGCCGUGAAGGAAUUGACAGCGGCUCCGUGCAUGACCUCCCCUUCGCUGCUUUCCCCACCUGGGCCGGAGCGGCACAACAUGCCGAUCGGCGCAUCUCUGUCUCUCAACUGCACCGUGGAGAUCGGCACCAACAGGAGCGAUGUCACGUGUCCAACCUCGGUGGUUUGGCGCAAGGACGGCAUUGCGCUGGCUUCAAAUUCGUCUGUUUACAACAUAACCGUCCAAGACGCCAGGUUUUCAGAUGAGCUCUCAGCUGUGGUCAUCACAAGUCGCUUGUCUGUGAGCACUAUGGAAUCUUCAAACUUUGGGGCGUUUGGAUGCCAUUUCCACACUACGGCUGGAAAUAUCAGUGCAAGCUUCGUCGUGGCGAUGGAAGAUAAGGGCCUUGCUCCGAGCCACGUGGUGAGCGCUGUGGCCGCCCUGGUGCUGUUGCUGCUGCUGGCACUGUCCGUCACGCUCUACUCGCGCUUCAAACUGGACCUGCAGCUGUGGCACCGCAACACUUACGGCGACUUCGAGACCAACGACGGCAAGCUGUACGACGCGUACGUCUCCUAUGUCAACACCGAGUUCGACCGCAAGUUUGUGCACUUCACUCUGCGGCCUCACCUGGAGAUGCGCUAUGGUUACCGCCUGCACACGGAUGACAAGGACAUCCUGCCAGGCUUGGAGCCGUCGCCCGAGCUGCUCAUGAACCUCAGCCGCUGUCGCCGCCUGAUCGUGGUGCUGUCUGGCGCGUACCUGGCCCAGGAAUGGUGCUCUGAGGCUUUCCGGGAGGGCCUGCUUCGCCUGCAGGAGCUGACGCCACGGCCCGUGUUCAUCACGUUCGACGAUGGCCGCCGUGCAGCCCCUCACCCGGCCCUACAGCUCUUGCACCUCGCCCGCCCACACCCCGUCAUCUUGCCAUGGGGCUCCACCUCUGCGACUGCAACAUCCAAGUUCUGGAAGCAGCUGUGCCUUGCGCUGCCCAAGACUGUGGAGAUGCGUCACUUCUUGGUGGGUGGCGGUGGCGCGGGUGACCCGCAGGUGCAGGCGGUGGGCGACCGCGACCCCAUGCUCAUGCUGAACCCCGAGUACCUGGACAGCCGCGGUGAUGGACUCGACGGUGGCGGGCGGCAAGAUUCCCGGCGUGGGCGGGCUGGCGAUGGAGUGGCUGACGUCGCCAUCCUCUCGCUGUCUGAAUCCACGCAGUCAUCGGCGGUGGUGUCACGGCCCAACCAUGGCCCCGAGGAGCUGGAUCCCAACCUCAACAUCGAAACCCUGGAGUCGCGCAACUAUGGUGUGCGCAGGGACUUCUACUGUCUGGUCACCGAGCAGGAGAUAUAGCCUCCGUCCGGGGCUCUGUGGGCAGUGAUAUUGAUGCAUCAUCUGUUCAGGUCUAGUCCCGUGAGUGGACGAGGACGUCUGUGGUCUGUAAUGCGAGCAAAAUAAACUCAAUCUGGAAUUGUGGGAGCUAUCCAGGUUACAGCAUACCAGGUCUUCGGAAGAAUAAUGAAGUCUUUGUGUUGUGGCGUCUAGGAGACUUGAAAGUCCUUUGAGUGACCUUACCUCUGCCAAGGGAAACUUAUACAUAAAAAAUGCAGUAUAUUCAUUUGAAAUCUGUGUCGAACAAUGUUUUAUGUUGUGGAGCUUAAUCCAGAGCAAUUUACUACUAUAAUGAGCCAAGAAUGUCUGUGUGUCUCGCACGUGACGUCACUCCACGUCGGCCAACCCCCCUCAUUAAUAAUCAUGAACAGGUGACGUCCUCCACAUGGAUCCCCCCCCCUCAUCAAUAAUUAUGAGCGGGUGACAUCAUUCCAAUAUGGAUCACCCCACCCCCUCAUUAAUAAUCAUGAGCAGGUGACGUCACUCCACAUCGAACAGCCCCCCUCAUUAAUAAUCAUGAACAGGUGACGUCAUCCAAAUGGACA